CUUUUUUUGGGUGGAGUCAGGAGGAGUCCAAUCCGUUAGUGUGCAACAUAGGCCCAGUCUGAGAUUUACUUAAGUAGGAACACUUAGGCCCAACGGAAACCCAGCACACUUAAGCCUUUUUCCCUCGAGCUACUGCAGCCCAAACUCUAUCAAACCCACACACAAAGCCCAACUGACAUUAAAAGCCCCAUUUAAUUAAAAACCUUAAACCCACUCCACUCAGAUUCCCUCUAACACCACUCGGCCCAUCAGUUUUUCCAAAACCUUCAAAUAAAAUAAAACCAGCUCACAUGAAUCCCAAUUCAACCCCAAAAUUUACCAACAAUCCAAAGGCUAAAAAAACCCCCACGUCAUUCUCUCUCAAUUACUCAGAAGUUUUCACAGCCCAAGCAAACCCACUAGGCAGUAUCAUACAUACACCCAUUUGUCCACCGCCUCCCUCCUAAUAUAUAACAACGCAAACACAAACACAAACAAGCAAUACGCUCUCUGCUCUCUCUUUUUCAUAGUCGUCCGUUUGUUUGGCUUGCGUCGCUCCGUUUCUAUCGGAUCCACUCUUCGCAAAGCAAAUUGCAAAGAUCGAAUCAUGGCAGAUUAUGAGGACUAUGAGGUUGUAAUUUUUUCAGACUUCAAAGACUUCACCCGUCAAUUUGAAAAAAAAGAAGAAGGCAAAUCUGAUCCCAAUAUCCAUCAAAAAACAAAAGCAAACUCGUUGUUCUCAAACUGUGACUAUUGCCCUCAACGCCCUAUGUCCACCCUUGCCCCUGUCUUCCCCCUUGCCUUUGAACUUCACGGAUCUUACCCAUAUUGGAAAUGGAUCCCCGAGACACAGCUUCGUGAACAGGAACAAAAUGAAUUUUCUCUCAAUGGACAGUCGUUGUUAGAGCGCUACAACAAAAUUAAGGGUACAAAUUUUGAAUUUGUGAGACUUGUGAAGAUCCAGUUGAUUCCCAGUAGUGGAAUAAAGUAUUUUAUUCAAUUCGAGGCCAAGCCCAACAGUACUGAGUACACUCUGAAAACCUUUGAAGGUUACAUGUUCAAGGAUUAUGUCCAUCCUAAUAGUAGUUUGUGGCCCAUGUCUUGUAAACUAUUAGGCCCCAAUUCUCAACGGUAUGUGCCUUCUGGACCUGGCGUGUGGACAAUAUAACCAAGAAUUGUUAGGGAAAGUUUAGUUUGCGUAAUGGUUGGGUGGUGUGGGAUUUAGAUUGUUGGAUUUUAAUUGACUGUUGUGGCUAUAAUAAUUUGCUUCUUUUAUCUGUACAUGUAAUAGUUUUUUGGCUGGUUUGAACUUUGAAUGACCUGCAAUCAAUAUUGUUAAUUUUAUGAUUGUAGAUUGAUAGUGAAUGCAAUCCUCUCCAUUUCAUACA